CUGAUCUACACGUCGGUGGGUGCAUUACACGCUCCUGCUUCGUGCAAAAUCCGUUGCUCAUCCCAAUCCACCACAUAUGCAGGCAGGGACCGGGGAGGCUUCUUCACAUAUCUGCAGCCUUUCGUUUAUGAAUGCCUGUUGCAGCUCGAGCAUGCACUUUUGCUCGUAGUCCACGUAUUUAACGUUAUCAGCCCGUCGACUAUCACGAUGCAUGCAUGCCUUCACUCGAUUUCUUUAUCCUAGAUAACAACCUGUACUCCGGGCUCUUUAUCAGCACGAUGCAUAUCUAACCGAAGUUGAGGGCUUUUCUCCCGGAUUUCCCGAGAAACGAGCUUGAUUGCGUAGCUAAAACAUCGUGCAUGAUCUGGAUGCUUCUUUAGUGAGUUUGAUCAUCUCAAGGGAAAGAUCUAUCCUCUUGGGAUACAACACCUGGUGGUCUCAUGUCGAAAUCUUGCUCUAUCGUUGUCCUGUGUUAUGUCCGCCACGCUCGAGUUGACAAGGGCUCUAGUAGUCAUAUUUGUAGAAUCAUAUAACAGAACAGGAGAGAUAGUGGCAAACAAGAUAAUUACCCGUCAAAAGAGUUUAAUCAAAAGAUAUCAUAAACACACGAUCCGCAGUAUAUUCUUCGUAUUCCAGGUAGUACCAUCCAUGCUUAUAACCAACCACACCCCCAUGAUCAAUAGAUAUCUACAUAUUCCUCUCCGUGCUCGAUCAAGUAAGUAAACACAAACGAAAACGCCUCUCACAAUACAUGCAACCCUCCUCCCUAAAUCGGAGCCAUCGGAGCCAUCGGAGCCAUCCCGAAUACAACUCUACCUGCAUAUACGCACGUUCUAUCCUUCCAUCUGCAUGCAGCAGAAGGCCAUAGCGCCCUCGCGCCCCGACAUCCCUUCCCGCAUUUGCAGUUCAGCCGGCAGGGAAGAAAGCGAUAGGAACACGAACAGGCUGAAUGGAUGCUACUUUUCCCCAUGUCGGAGCCGACAGAGAGAUCCCGUCUUCCUCCCAACUGUGGACCCCUGGCUGGCUAUUCUUCCCGUCGGCCCGAAUACAAAGGCAUAGAACGCGGCAGAGAAAGCGGCUGGCGGAGCCGUAUCUUCGGAUUCCAAAUGCUUCUUUGGGGAGGCAUGGUUUUUGUCUUGGCCAUUUCAUCAUUGCUUAUGUGUUUGGAUUGGAAGGUAAGAAGGAGAUGAUAUGGGGUAGGGGGAGGUGUGGACUCAGGCAGUGGCUCUAUCGAAGGUUUUGCUACUAUAUCCUCAGCGCAUGUGGUUUAGAGACUAUGGGUCUGGUGGCGGGCGGGAGUACAUACGUGACAGAUUCGCUGGAUUACGUAUAUUUCACUCCGUUACAUGUAGGUUUUAGUAAGCAGGCGUGGAAGCAUACUGUAGAAUAG